CUUUUCCAUUCUUCAUUAGUCCUCCCAAAAUCCUUCCCAAUUUCAUUCUUUAAUCGCCAAUUGUCUUUACGGGCUUAACAUUCACGUCAUUCUGCUCAACUAAACUACGAAGCCUGCCGUUUUUUAUUUCCUCCAUUUUUUUUUACUCAACUGCAAUAGAAAACACUUUGUACUAUGAGUCUUCAGGUCAAUUUUACAACACAUAGCCAUGAGCUCAGAGCCGCAUAUGAGGCCGUUUUGCGGCCCGCAGACCCUAAGAAUGGCGACAAUUGGGCCAUGUUUGGUUAUGACAAGGGUACCAAUGACCUGAAGGUGCUUGGCCGUGGUAGCGGCGGGCUUGAGGAGCUGCAGGACGAGUUUAUGGAUGGCAAGAUGCAAUAUGCCUUCGUCAGGAUUGUUGAUCCUUACUCUCAGCUCAACAAAUUUGUCCUCAUUGCCUGGUGUGGCGAAGGAGUCCCUGAAUCCAAGAAAGGUCUUUUCAACACACAUCUUGCCGACGUUGCUCAGUUCUUGAAGGGUUAUCACUUGCAGAUCAACGCUCGCUGUGAUGCUGAUGUUACCCCAGCACAGAUCAUGAAGAGAGCUGAGGAGGGUUCAGGCUCAAAGUAUUCCACCCACAAAGAGGAAUAUCAGCAUGAGAAGAUUCAGCCCCUACAGUCUGCAUAUAAGAAGACUCAGAUUCCGGAUAUUGCGGCUAUGCAGCGCACUUCCACGAAGCCUGAACCUGCACCUAAGUAUGGCAUUGGUACCUCAAAGCCGUUGGUCAGUACUCCCCCUUCGUCAGCGGCACUUUCAUCUCUUUCUGCAUCUUCCCCUUCUCCAAAGCCUGCUCCUCUUGUUCCAUCCAAGCUUCAAGGUCGUGUCUGGCCACCUCCAGCAUCCUCGCCCUCAUCUUCAUCUACGACUUCGCCUAAUAUCGCAUCACCUCCCUCUUCAGCCUCUGUUGUUGUAGGAAAAUCAUGGAGUACAUCUGGAGGUGGGUCAUCUUACUCUGCUUCUACAGCAACGUCUUUUAACAAGGUGCAGCCACCUAGCUCAUUGACUUCAUAUGGUGAUUCGAAGCCAGAGCCAUUUGUCAACAAAGCUCAUCAACUCCGUCUAGAGCGUGAGGCCCGCGAGAAAGAAGAACGUGAGAGGAUCAAGCGUGAAAUAGCAGCUAGUGAAGCGCGUGAGAGACAGGCUGAAAGCACCUCUACAGCUCAAAAAUUAACAGAGGAGAGGCGUCUUCAGGAACAGCGAGAGAGAGAGCAAGAAAAGGAACGCGAGCUUGCUCAAGGAGCAUCAUCGUCUAUCCAAAGCAGCAGAAGCGCUGUAGAUGACCGACCUGCGGACUUUAAUCGUAUACGUGAGGAACGACUUGCACGUGAAAAGGAGGAACGAGAGAGGGCCGAAGUCGAGGACGCGGCGCGCGCAGCACGUGAGGCAGCCAAAGCAAGGGAGCAAGAUGCUAUACGGGAACAGGCUCUUGCAAGAGAAGAGGAGCAGAGAAGGCUGUUAGAGCAGCGGCAGCAACAGCAGAAACGCGAGUCCGAGUUGAAUGAAGCAGAAAGACAAAAAGCCAGAGAGGCAGAAGAACAAAAAGCCAGAGAGGUUGAGGAACUAAGGACUAGAGAGGCUGAAGAGCACCGCCGAAUGCAAGAAGAAGAGGAACAUCGCCAAAGGCAGCAAGAAGAGGCUCGUCGUCGCCAUGAAGAAGAAGAAGAAGAAAGACAGUUGAAUCAACAUCAGGAUGAAGAGGAAGAUCGUCGGCGUCAGUUUGAACAUGAGCAAGAAGAGAAGCAUUGGAGAGAGGAAGCCGAAGAACAAGAGCGACGCUUGCAGGAACAAGUCAGUGCUGCAACUACCCAAUCUGUAGCUCUUGGGGCUGAUGCACUUUUGGCUUCAGCAGACCAUCCAGAGCUUGCGACCGUUGGUUCAGUUUCUGCUAUUGUCCUUUACUCAUAUGACAAAGCUGAAGAGAACGAGAUGACGUUGUAUGAGGGAGAGAUAAUCAGGAAUGUCAUGGAGCUAGACGUCGGCUGGUGGAGCGGCGAGAGCGAGGAUGGCACCCGUUCAGGACUCUUCCCAUCCAACUAUGUCGAAAUUAUUGACCAGAGUCAUGGCCAAGGGAUGGCUACUGCUGGUGCGGCAGCUACGAAUGAGCAAAGGCAGGAAUCGGAAUAUGAACAUUAUGCACAACAGCAUGCUGCUGUUGCCGCUGCUCCUGACCACCAUGAUACCUCUGCAAGUGCUCUCGGCCGUAAGCCUUCUGCUGUAGCCCUUUAUGACUAUCAAGCAGGGGAGCCUAAUGAGAUUUCAUUCUCUGAGGGUGACACUAUCAAUGAGAUUGAAUUCGUUACUGAAGACUGGUGGAGUGGCAAGAAUGGGAGCGGCAUCAUUGGAUUAUUUCCAGCCAACUAUGUGGAGCUUAUUUCUCAAUAAUUAUAAACUCAUAGUGAC